UCUAUAAGAAUUUCCUAGUAUGAGAAGCCUGGAUAGCUUGCGAACGUUGGAUGAGCUUCCAACGCUUCAGAUGGUCGCCGAGGGGCUCUCGUUUACUGACACGCCACGCCCCAAACCAAACGCGGUCUCGGUUGGAGGAGGCUCCUUUGACCCCCCGCCGGCCGCCCAUGGAGUCCGCCUCCUCCUUCCUCGCGCGCCCCCUCGCCUCGCCGAUCCCGUCAUCGCAUGGUACCAUGCCAACAGGAUGCUCAGCUUUUAUGCUCCAGGUUGGUGUGGAGAGGUCCGUGAUGUUAUUUACACUGACAAUGGAAAGGUUACCGUGGUAUACCGUAGAGGAGAUUGCGCAUGUAUCAUCCACACUGCAUUGUAA